GUACCUAACCUUAACCUAACCUAACCCAGACCUAACUGUCAGGUUAGGUCCCAUCCUUGAUUGGAUUGGAUCGUUGGACGUAGUCGGCUGUCGACGUAGUGUUCAUCUGUAUCAGAUUGUGACGUAAUAUUUUAGAGUAAUAUUGACGGAAGCUAAAAUAUUUCACAAUGGCAUCUUCUGAAGACGAUGUAAAAUCUGUCUCUAUUGCUGGUCGGGUGGUCUCGGAAAGAGAGCGUUUGAUUGGUAUGACAGAUGACGAACGUGCAUGGAGAUCACGUUACCUUAAAAGUCAGGUUCUUGCACCAGAUGAACCAGUUAUACCAAAGGGUUAUUACGAGGAAUAUCAUAAUCCUCUGAGAAGAUUAUUUAGAGCACCUAUGAAUGUAGUAGAAAAUGCAUUAACUGGCGUUGUGAGUAAGCCAAGUGCAUAUGUUUUGCGUAAUAUACUAGGUGGAAUUGGCAAGGGAAUUGUACUUAUCUAUUGUGGAUGUUAUUAUUUUAAAUAUAAUACUGCGACAUGGAUGUCUCAAUCUUCUUGGAGUGUGGUUACCUCACGCCUUCCUGUAUAUCCAAGCGAUAAGGGUUAUCCUAACUACAAAAUUAAAAAAGCAUCCGAGUACGGAACAAGAGGCUUUGAGAACAGUCCAAUAUAAAUGUUAUUAAAAUUGUAUAUAAAUAGUCUUCAAAUAUAAUAAUAUGGUUUAGUAUACAUGGUGAAAUACCUAAAAUAAGUAUCCAAAAGUGUUCAUUAUAUUUAAUAAUAUAUUAAAAUUUCAAUAGACAAAAUUGUUUGAAUGGAAAGGAUAAGUGUUAUAUUAUCAAGAGUCUAAAAAAUAUACGACU